AUGGACAGUGUUUGCCCCCCAGUUUCAAUUGCUUUGUCUGCUUACAGAAGUGGCCAUCGUGCAAGACAAGGACGUAGCAACAGCGUUCUUGGCAAAACGAGAAGGCAUCUGAAUGCCUCUCCAUUGGCGUCUCAAAUGAAGAAAUCGGUCAGUAAAAGCAGUAGUAGCAAGCUGAAGCAGCGCUUCGCACGGAUGCUGCUCGCCUCCUCCUGCUCCACCGCCGCCAACGUCGCCGCCGCGACCAAGCCUCCGGCGACGCCACUACUGGUCGUUUCCCGCCGACAUCCGGCAGCGCCGCUGCGUCGCUCCGGUCGUGCAUGUCUCCAUCAACUGCCGCAAUCGUCGGUCGGUCGAAACUUCCGAGCCGUUGCUCCCCUCGAUCGGCAAGGAGGACAGAAAGUGGAAGCCGGGCCCCGGGGGGAAACUAAAAGAGAGAGGCGCAAGGUACCUUUUGGUCAGAGAAAGAGCUUCCCCUACUCUUCUUCCUCGGACUCAUUAAACGAGGACGAGCUCGAUCUCUUCAGCAGCGAGGAAGAGGAGGAGGACGAGGAGGAAUCGAGAACUACACUGUUCUCGUCCAAGAGCUUCUCCUCCGACUCCUCCGAAUUCUACCACCACAGCAAGAGGACGAAGAACAAGAGCACUAGUAGCAAGAGCUUGAAGUCCACACGACGUCCGCCGCGAAGGCACGCGGCGCAUUCGACGACGACGGAACUCCGGCCAUUGCUCUCCAUCUCGCCGGCGAAGGCCAACGCGGGAGGAUUCCCGGUGGUGAAGCGGUCCACCGACCCUUACGGCGACUUCAGGAGCUCCAUGGUGGAGAUGAUCGUGGAGCGCGGCAUGAGCAGGGCCCGAGACCUGGAGCAGCUCCUCCACUCGUACCUCAAGCUGAACUCCAGCCGACACCGUCAGGUCAUCCUCGAAGCAUUUGAGGACAUUUGUGAAGCAAUGUUUGGCAAAUAGAUUGAACUCGUGUCUCUAAUUCACGCUCUGUUUGAAGAUCGACUAAUAAAUUUUGUGCUCCUCCGAGCUCUUUCCGAUCAGUGAUAAAUAACAAGAACAUUAUAUUCUAA